CAGACCUCUAUUAGAAUGCGUUGGAGUGAGUAGGAGCAUGUCGGAGCAUGGCGACGCGAACAAACCACAUGUGAUACUGUGCUCAACUAGUCAACUGUGCUUUCGGUAUACGAAACAAAGCAAUUCCUCCUAUAUACUCAAAGGCUGGAGGUAUUAAAUAUUCUUCAAAAGAAGAAAAAAAUACAAAAGUAAGCAAUAGGAAAAAUCAUAUAACAAGAAGACGGCAUCCACAUCACAAAGAAAAUAAAAGAGUAAUCGAAAUGCAGCCAAGUGUCCAUUAAUGAAUGAGAGGCUAAUAUGUUUCCUUGAAAUAAAUAUCAGAUCAGAUUUUACAAAAAUGGAUCGUACAAACGUAGCAAGUCCAUUGGGGAGGACAUUAGCUUCCCCCAGGAAACGAAUGUCGAUAAUUCAAUCGCUGAAGAAAAAUAGUUCCACAACAAGCAUGUCUGGGCGUACAAAUCAAUCCAUACAAGUGAUAUGUAGAACACAGAGUCACACAGUGGAAAGCUUUGGUUCCCCAUUGCCAGUUUUGGUCACUGAGGCAUUGACAUUUGUAGAUCGGAACACAGCCGUCAGUGUUAACGUGUCUAUGGACGGUUGGGCUUGGCUCGUCUAUGGUCGCAAGUUACUCGUGUGGCAGUGUAAAACCAAUAUUUACGAUUCCAAGCAGAGGAGAACCUUUAAGACACAAUGUCGUGAAUUGUUGCUGCCUCAAAGCGAUCUGGCUCACAAAGCGGAUUGUAUAACAGUCUGGAUGCCGCCUGGUCAUCAGGUUCCUAGCUGCAUGGCAGUUUCGCCAGAAGGAGUGGUGCGUUUUUGGGCGAGCGUGGCGCAUGAAGGAUCUUCCAUAGAAACUAGCGCCGAGCUUGCAGGACAGGAAGUAGACUGUCUUAUACACGUUCCAGGUCAUGGAUGCAUUUUGGCCACAACCACAUGUACAGUGGCGCUCUUACAGCCUCAAUUUAACAAUGGAAAGAACAAUAUUACAUGCCAAGUGCUUCGAACGAGUCAGGGAUGGCUUGGCGGCAUAGGCCGCAGAAUGACUUCUCUUAUUUUUGGAGCUAUACCACAGUCACCUAUCACAGAAACAAAGUUGGUGAAGGUCACGUGCACGCCACUGGACGAGAGAAGCUCGAGAGUUCUUAUUCUCGCCGGAUCCUCCUUGCAGUACUGGUUCUUCUCUCGCAAUGAGCAAGAAAAAAUGGAAUUUGACGAGGAUAUCACACACAUCGUACAGCAGGCAUUUCAAAGAAAAAUCUGGGAGUCAAGCCCUCAAAGCAUGAACACGUGGUUCGUCGAUAUGCAAACAUGCGAGGAAGGGAUAGUCCUCUUGAUGGCGGCUCACUGCGCUGAUAUCUCUAUACAAAUUCACUUUGCGCUUGGAUUAUUGCCCUUGAUCGGCACAAAGCUAUCGAACUUUUUUAAAUGGUUUAUACCGAUAAAGGUCGAUCCGAUAUUCUAUCACAAUGAUAUAGAGUCGAGGCUAGCUUCUUAUCAUUUUGUAUUGUGCGGCUGGGAGGCAGUUAUAUAUAACCGACACAACGUGCUUGUGGUCAAUACCGCGUCUGAAGUCGAGCAGGACAAGAUCGAACUAGUGAGAGGCGGUGAGGAUGGUAUCCUCGGUGGUGCCAUAUGCUCGUCGACCCCAGUACUAUUCACGAAAAGCAUCGGCCUCGUGUCUAUCACACCGGUAGACUUUGCAGUGCAAGAUUUCAAUACUGGAUACACGGAUACCACCAUGAGCAUGGACUAUACCUACAAGAUGAACCAUACGGCCCAGAAUUUCUCCACUCUCAUAAGCAACGACGAAUUGCAAGACAUGUACUGCAGCUCCGACGCGGCUACGCAAUUACGUGCCGCUUUUCUCUUGAGUCUGCGACAGAACAAGUCGCAGUGCGAUGAGAUUCUCUCUCAACUGUUUCCACUACAGGAGGACCCAGUAAUGGACAUCGAUACCACCCUCGAUACUCUCGUUUUGAGGGUUGCGAAAGAUCUGAUCGAUGACUAUCCAGCGAACGAUCCAAGAUGGACUCAUCACAGAGACCUGUCGAUGACGGUAAACGCAGUCACCUCCAUGCAAGUACCACACCAACUGGAAGGUAAACAAAAAGCGUUGGAUCUUUUUAUAGUGUUUCUAAAGGAGCACAACCUGUGGGGCAGGUUCUGCGCGGUCACAUGCAGAGGAACUAUCAUGUCCACAUCUCACAUUCUCAGCGAGUACGCGGAGAAGAUAGUCGCGGCGCUAACCUUGUACAGUUUACAGAACAGAUACGCCGAGAUCAUAGAUGUUGUUAUAGACCAGACAUUGAACCAGAAGGAGACGCAUGUGUCUGACAAGCUCACGGCGCGCGAUGUGUUCUACCGUGAAGUGAGCAUGGUACAUCUAUUCUUGCCAAUUCUGGUGGAGAAGACGUGCGAGAUCACGCAGUCCGAGAGGCCGCUGCAACAGGUCGGCCAGUACAUCGUGCAAGUCAACACCAUUCUAUUGACCGUGUUGUACGAGGUGGUCAAGUAUCGUCAAUACAAUGCUGAGCGCUUUGUACCCGCUAAGUUUUCGAACGAGAUAACAGAAUAUCUACCCUGGACAGCCGCGCCGGGCCAACAUGGUUUGCGAAAUUGUCUCAACACGAUGCAGAGCAUCACUGUCAAACACGGUGUGACGGGAACUGGUGAUUCCACAGUGAGAAAUGAACUGUACGAACAACUGGUGAGCUUGAUUGACUUAAUAUUGGACGGAAGAAAAUGCCAUCUAGAGAGUAUUCGUGGCACGGAAAAAUUCGAGGUUCUUUUGAAGCAGUACGAAACGGAACGCGCCAAUCUAAUACAACCGCUGAUAAAGGAAGAGCAAUACGACAAUGCCGCUAUGCUCGCCGAAAAGUAUUGCGACUUUCCCUCACUUGUACAAAUCUGUGAGUUGACUGACAAUAAGAAUCGGUUGGAUGGAUACGUUGAAAAAUUUGCGGCGCAAGAUUUUGCUGGCUUUCUGUUCUCUUGGUACGUAAAGGACGGACGUCAGGGACAAUUAGUUGAGAGAUGCAGGCGUGGUGGCACCGCUGAGCUGACGGAAAAGUUAUCAGAGCAUCCCACUCUAUCUUGGGUGCAGGCAGCAUUGACCGACGACCUGCGAUUGGCCGCUAACACAUUGCACAACCUAGCGAUUCAGGAGUCCGAGUUGGUCACUCGUAAAAAGUCAAUGCUUUCAUUAGCCAAGUUGGCUUUGCUCGCGUCGAAUGAGCCGGAGGACAAGGUGAUGGAUUGUGUGAAGACAAUCGACAAUGAAUUGACACUCAUAGCUUACCAGGAAGAUCUACCGGCCCAAGUUCUCAUGACGUACGGUUAUGAUAUCAAGAAGCUGCGAGUUCUCACACCGAGAGAACUAAUUAUGCUGUAUACCUCGAGUGACAAUGUCAUAGCCAAUGAGUACGAUUUCAAGAAGGCUCUCGAUUUGCUCGAUUACAUGGAACACGAAGAAGACAAGUCGUCCUUGAGAUUACAGAUUUGGGCGCGCGCGGCACGGCGAAAUCAAUGGGAUAACGUGGAAAAGAAUCCCGAGCAGCAAGUUCAGGAGACACUGUUCUUCAAGCUAAUGGAUCUUACAUAUUUUAUGGUCGCUCCUGUUCUUAGGAGAGGAAUGUGGGACGAUACGACUAUGGGAGGAGUUGUUAGUAUUGAAGUGAACUUGACAUGCUUGAGAUUCAGCGUGGAGCGGAUUUGUAGGUCGCGGUGUCAUAUACGAGCGCCAACUGGCGUGGUGCUAUGUGCGGCCCUGGUCCCAGGCGAAAAAUAUAAAGGGUUAUAUGGAAAGAUUGCAUGCUUUAAAGUAUACGAAUAGGAGUGUGCAUAGUUUGGUACAUGGUUUAGAUAAAGUUUUGGAAAUGUCAAUUGGGAAGAGGGGAUAUUUAUCUUUAGGGUGAGAAAGGGGUUUUUUUAAUAGGAAAAUUCCGAACAGUAGAAAAUGACGAUUAACAUCUUGUUAAUCGUCAUUUAAUUGGUUACCUGUUCCACAUGGGCAUGCUGGAAAGACAGCAAACCACUUAUUUCCCAUGUUUUUGCAAAAUCCGAUCAGCAACCUCUCCGUGGUUGGGUAACACUAAUACUGCAGGCAGUACGUCUUGAUCCCAAAAAAUGUUUUAUUCUAUUCACUAUUUCGAGAAAUCAAAAAUAAACUAAAUUUUCUUAUUCAGCGACCCCAAAAACAUAGGAAACAAGUACUUGCACGUGAUAUACAAUAUUUUCGUAAAUUUAUCAUUUUCGGUCAUCAUUUUACCAUUUUACAUCCGUUAUCUUAGAAAAUCUCGUAUAAAAUAUUUCAAUACAUUACAUUAUCAUCACUGAUUCCAAAAUAAUGGUAUACACCCAUUUACAAGUUGAACAGAUGAAAUUUUAGAUGAUAAGUUGUAGCAAUAAAAUAAUGUACUUUCCAAAAUUUUUAUCAAUGUUUAAGCCGUCAUAUUUAAUUUCCCGUUGAAAAUUUAAAAAACGACCACGGAUUCCGAAAGAUCAAGAUUUUUUGCUUUGGGAAUGAUAAUUAUAUACAAGAUUUAAUUUUCGAAAAAUAAUAGGUGGCUUCAACAGACAUGUUGGUAGUUUUAAAAUCAAGAUGACAUUAAAAUAAAAGUUUGAUGAUAAAUUCUUAAUGCAUAAUGAUUUUUAAAAAAGACUUUAAAUAAAAUUUUUAAAGUUAUUGCUAUAUUAGAAAUACAUCUCAAAAUUAUCAUGUAAAAUGUAUCGAAUAAAAUUGUAAUAAUUUUUCCUAAAAUAA